AUGCUUUCAGCUGUGGGCAGCGGCCAGGAAAAGGCUGCCCCCAGUCCCGUUCCCCCCUGUGGAGUGGCAGCCUUGGAGCUCAGGUCCGUCGACCUGCAGAACGCCAGGAACAACCAGGAGCAUCACACGCAGGAGAUGGGCCUGCAAGGGCUCAUUGUGCGCCAUGAGGAGUCCUUCACAAUCCAGCUGCAUUUCAACCGACGCUUCCACUCUGGGACCGACUACAUCACCUUUGUGGCUGAGACAGAAAAACUUUGCCGAUCCCUGGUGUAUUCUCCCAUGAUGAGAUUCCUCGCAUCUCAUCACUGGAUUUUUGGGAAGCAAAUUACCAGAUCAUUUAAUCGAUCUGAAGAGGACAUCAUAGAUAUCUGCUUUGAGAUUCUGAACAAGAGCCUGUACUUCUUAGAGAACCCAACCAAAGACUACUCCCAGUGGAACAAUGUAGUGUAUGUCUGCAGGGUGGUGAGCGCCAUGGUCAACAGCAAUGACGACAGCGGUGUGCUGCAGGGGUGCUGGAGAGAGGACUACUACCAGGGGGUCAGCCCACUGGAGUGGACGGACAGCGUGGCCGUCCUGUGACAGUGGGCGGCCAGGGGCAGGCAGCCUGUGAGGUAUGGGCAGUGCUGUGUAUUUGCAGCUGUUAUGGGUACCGUAAUGAGAUGCUUAGGUGUUCCAACCCGUGUUGUUUCCAAUUUCCAUUAUGCACACAAUGUGGAUGCAAACUUGACCAUCGACACCUACUAUGACCAACAUGCAGAGAUGCUGCCAACUCAGAAACGAGACAAAAUAUGGAAUUUCCAUGUCUGGAACGAGUGCUGUAUGAUCAGAAAAGAUCUCCCUCCAGGAUACGGGUGGCAGGUUCUGGACCCCACUCCCCAGCAAACCAGCAGUGGGUUGUUCCACUGUGGCCCUGCCUCCGUAAAGGCCAUCAGGGAAGGGAAGCUCCACCUGCCCUAUGACACCCCAUUUGUGUAUGCUGAGGUGAAUGCCGAUGAAGUCGUUUGGCUGUUGGAGGAUGGCCAGGCCCAGGAAAUCCUGGCCCAUAACGUCAGUUCCAUCAGCAAGGAAAUCAGCACCAAGAUGGUAGGGUCAGACCAGAGCCAGAACAUCACCAGCUCCUACAAGUACCCAGAAGGAUCCCGUGAGGAGCAAUCUGUGUUCAUGAAGGCCUCCCGGAAAAUGCUGGGCCCUUGGAGGGCCUCUUCACCCUUCCUGGACCUGCUGGGGUCUGGGGGCUUUGAGGAUCAGCCCGCACAGCUGCAGUUUUACCUGACCAGGAAGGCUGAAUGGGGCCAGAACCUGCUGCCGAAACUGCAUGCCCGGAGUCUGGCAGAUAGAGCCCAACCCCAGGGGCCCAUCCGCCUGGUGGUGCAUUUCUGUGCGCAGACCCUGCUGCACGACGGUGGCACCUGGGAGCCCCUCUGGAGACAAACAGUGCACUUGACCCUGGACUUCGGGUAGAAGACACAGUGGCUGCUCUUGCUACCCUACAACAAUUAUAGAAACAAACUGAUGGAUGAAAAGCUGAUCUGCGUGUCUGGCAUCGCCAAGGUGGAGGGAACAGGGAGGUCCAUGCUGGUCCUAAAAGAUAUCUCCCUGGGGCCUCCCCACUUAUCUACUGAGGUGUCUGAGAGGGCCUAGGUGGGCAAGGCCCUGAGGGUCCACAUCUGGCUCACCAAUACCCUCUCGGUGGCUCUGAGCCACUGCACAAUGGUUCUGGAGGGCAGUGGCCUCAUCAAUGGGCAGAUAACAAAUGAUCUUGGAACUCUGCUGGCCGGACACACCAUCCAAAUUCAACUGGACCUCUACCCCAUCAAAGCCGGACCCCACCAGCUGCAAGUCCUCAUCAGCAGCAAUGAGAUCAAGGAGAUAAGGGCUACAAGUGGCUCCCCGCCCUCCCCUCCCACAGGAGACCUGGAACCUGGGCUGGUGCCUGCGGAAAUCUGA